AUGACCGCGAACGCAGCAUCUUCGCCAGCUUGCGAUCACACGAGCCCAGACAAACUGAGCGGGGAAGCCGAUCUCAACCCUCAGAGUCCCAUCGUCAAUGUUAUCGAGGGGAAGGGCGAGUUCCUGGGUGGGGGAGCGACGGGACUUGUAGAGCGUCUUGAUUCUGGAGAUGUAAUCAAGUCUGCUUGGACGGGGAAUCCCACAGAAUCAGACUGCCGACGAGAAAUGACCAUUGAGGCGCAGAUAUAUGAGAGACUUGGAGUACAUCCUCGACUGGUAGCAUUCAAACACUGGGAUCCUGUCAACCAUGCCUUGACACUGGAAUACAUGCCUAACGGCAACCUCAAGCAAUACGUUCAGAAGCAUGGACAGGAUAUAUCGCCAUCUCAGAGGCAACAGUGGGUGAGGGAGGCCACUGAGGGUGUCGGGCUUCUACACUCGCACAACGUUAUUCAGGCCGAUGUUGGGCCGCACAAUUUCCUGCUCGAUAUUGAUCUUAGCCUCAAGAUCUGUGACUUCGGAGGAUCUUCCUUGGAUGGCUCGCGGGCAACGGUCGCCCCUGGAGUGAGAUACAGGCUGCCAAGCUUGGGCGACACGACGGUUAAAGAAGACCUUUUUGCUUUGGGCUCGACGAUCUACUUCAUCGCCACGGGCCAUGAGCCGUAUGAAGAGCUGGCCGACGAAGAUCAGGUGGAGAAACUGUACAAGGAUGGUGUGUUUCCAGAAUUGAGCGAAGUACCCUUCGCAGAGGUUAUUGCAAUGUGCUGGAGACAGGAAGCCGAAUCAGCUAAGGUGAUCAUGGAACUUGUGAAGCGCUUAUCAGAGAACUGCCAAUUGAUAUAA